AUGAGUACCAUCUACACCUGGUCUUUGACAGAUUCUGAGAGAAUGAUCCGAAACUCAAACCAAGUAAUUUCCAUUUUGGACAGAGACAGGUAAGUUUUCUUGGUCACAGGAUCACUAACAAGGGAAUUUUGCCUGACACCAGUUUCUCAGGUCUGUCAAGGAAGUGCGUGCGUGCAGGAGCCUGAUGAAUUACUAUGCUAAACUUGACUAGGGAUUUGGUCAUGUUGCCAGCCUGCUACAUGAAUUAAACAAGAAGAGAGCCUAUUCCCUCUGGACUAAGGAAUGCCAUUAUACCAUGUUUUUGUCAGGAAACGUUUUGAUACUCUGCAAUGGCCUAACCUUUUGGGAGCAAAGCAGAAUCCACAGUUACUCCCUAUUCAGUCCAGAGACAGCCCAAUUUGCUGCCCCCGACAUAUAA